AAAAGAGCGCGCCUUUCUCUCUCUCUCUCUCUUACUUUCUCGGUCUAUCGGUUUCAGGGUCACGCUUGUGAAACACCUUGUGGUGUUGAGGAUAAAAAGGAAAGAGCUGCUUCAAGCACAGAUCUCAUUCAGCUCAUUAAUGGCGCUCCCCCCUUCCUCUCUCCCAUUGAAAUCACCGCAACUAAUUUCAAUUCAGUUUCCAAAUCAACUUCAUUAUCGACCCUAAUCAAUGCCCCUCCUCUCCUAUUCCGCCAUUGCCAAACAAGACAGAAGAAAAUUCAGACGAGAGGAAAUGGGAAGAAGUCGAAGAAGAAGAAGAAGAAGCAGAGCGAGGACUGACUUUUCCGCCAUGGAGAAUGAAGUUGAUGUUAUCGAGUGGAUAGUGAAGAAACUUAAUUGAAAGGAAGAAGCUUUCAAUUAAUCAUGUUAUUUAUGGAUAAUUUGUGAUUUGCUUCAAUUUUUUUGAGUUUUCUAGAUUGGUGUUGAACAAUUUGUAUAGUUAAUUUGUGAUUUGUUUGAAUUUUCUAGAAUGGUGUUUUAUAUAUGGAUAAUUUGUAUUGAGAGAUUGAUAUUUGACUUUAAUUUUGAUAGGAACUUGUUAUUGUAAAUUUUUUACAACAAAAACCCGUGGGUAC